AUAAGUUUAUAGAUUUACAGGACCAAGUUCACCAGUGGGAAACAUAUGAUAUAUUUUUUGGAUUCUUGCGACUAAAUAUGGAUGGCUUUAAGAGAUCCGUCCUUAAUCAAAUUGGUCAGUGGAUCAGUUUGUUUAAAAUGGAUCUCAUUAAUUUUGUACGAAACUCACUUCAGGAACUGCAAGAUUUCAUAGACGAAGCCAAGGUUGUGCUAAAAAUGGAAUUAAAAAGAGAUGACUUUGAUGGCUUAGUUAAGAUACUCUCUGUAUUAAACCAAAUAAAUGAAAAGCAAUUUGUCUUCGACAAUAUGUUUGAACCUCUUAGAGAUAUCGUAAACCUGCUCAGAAAGUAUGGAUACGAAUUUAAAGACACAGAGCUUUUACAACUUAACGAAUUGCCAGAUGCAUGGCUAAAAAUAAAGCGGCAAGCGGCUAUGACAAAACAGCUUAUUGCACCCAUACAAAGCUACCAGGUGGACCAAAUAGAAAAACGCAUAUUGCUCUGCAACAAUAUGGCAAACACAUAUCGAAAAAAAUUUAUGCGAAAGAAAUUUUUAAAUGUUCCGUGUCCUAAUUGCUAUGAUCUCAUUGACGAAACAGAUUUAGAAAUUGUUGAAUUAGAAGAACGGCAACAAACUCUUACUGAGUCUGCAAUUCUUUUUGAGUUACAAGGCCCCGAUCCUACGAAGAUUGAACUUUGUCGCAACGAUCUCAAACUUGUUAAAAUAAUGUGGGACUUUGCUAUUUCAAUCGAAUCUACUAUAAAUGAUUGGAAAAAAACACCAUGGAAAAAGAUUGAUAUUGAAGCAAUGGAUCAAGAGUGUAAGAAGUUUGGAAGAGAGUUGCGAGGCUUAGACCCAGCAAUGCGUAGCUGGGAACCAUUUAUAUUCAUGGAGGCGUCAUUAAAAAAUCUGAUGACAUCUCUACGUGCAGUCACAGAACUUCAAAACCCUGCAAUACGGGAUCGCCAUUGGGUAGAGCUGAUGCAGACCACUAAGGUAAAAUUCAGCAUGGACGAUUCAACGACUUUAAAGUAUCUUAUUGAUCUAAAUUUGCAUGAAUACGAGGAAGAGGUUAAAAAUAUUGUUGAUAAAUCGGUUAAAGAAAUGAACAUGGAAAAGCAACUACGAGAUAUAGCAGCAGCCUGGGCUGGCAUGGAAUUUGGUAUAGAAGUACACGAACGCACUGGUAUUAAAUUAUUGAAAGCAUCUGAAGAAAUGAUUGAGACUCUAGAAGACCAUCAAGCUCAGUUACAAAAUAUGACCUCAUCAAAAUAUGUAACUUUUUUUCUGCAAGAAGUGUCAUCCUGGCAACAGAAACUAUCAAACGCAGAUCAAAUCAUUGGCUCUUGGUUUGAAGUUCAGCGAAAAUGGCAGUAUCUGGAAAGCAUUUUCAUAGGCUCUGAGGACAUACGAUCACAAUUGCCUGAAGAUUCUAAGCGAUUUGACUUUAUUGAUAGAGAAUUUCGAGCUUUGUUGGCUCAAAUGAACUCUGAUCGUAAUGUUGUUCGAUCAACUAAUCGUUCUGGUAGCAAACUCUACGAACAUUUGGAAACAUUGCUUAAAAUGCUGCUACUAUGUGAGAAAGCACUUAACGAUUAUUUGGAGACAAAACGACUAUCUUACCCUCGGUUUUAUUUUGUUUCAUCGGCAGAUUUGUUAGAUAUUUUAUCAAAUGGGAAUAAUCCUGCAAUGGUAUCGCGUCAUUUGACUAAGUUAUACGAUUCUAUUGGAAAACUUAAUCUCAUAGCUGGUACGAGACAAGCAGGAGGUAUGGUAGCCAAGGAGCUAGAAGAAUAUGUUCCUUUUUUGCAAAAUUGUGAUUGCAGUGGUAAAGUUGAGGUUUGGCUAAAUCGAGUGACCGAUAAAAUGCGGGAGACGCUUCGAGAUCAGCUGAGACGUUCUUUAACUCAAUAUGAUCAUAAGCCACGUCAUGUUUGGAUAUUUGAAUGGCCAGCUCAGCCAGCCUUGGUCGGCACGCAAAUCAUGUGGACAGCUGAAACAAAUGAUGCAUUUGCUAAAGUACAGCUGCGGUAUGAAAAUGCCCUUAAGGAUUAUAAUAGGAAGCAAGUGAAUCAACUGAAUAACCUAAUUAUACUUUUGUUGGGAGAUCUUACAGCGGCAGAGCGGCAGAAGGUCAUGACCGUCUGUACCAUCGAUGUCCAUAGUCGUGACGUUGUGUCUACUAUAAUAUCAAAAAAAAUAGAGGUACAGACGGCGUUUCAAUGGCAAAGUCAAUUGCGCCAUCGUUGGGACAGCAAAAUUGAUGAUUGCUUUGCUAAUAUUUGUGAUGCUCAGUUCCGUUACGACUAUGAGUAUCUUGGUAACACUCCACGUCUUGUAAUUACUCCGCUAACAGAUCGCUGCUACAUUACACUAACUCAGUCUCUACAUCUUGUUAUGGGUGGUGCUCCAGCAGGGCCCGCCGGAACUGGAAAAACUGAAACAACCAAGGACUUAGGGCGUGCUUUAGGCAUGAUGGUGUACGUAUUUAAUUGCUCUGAACAAAUGGACUAUAAAUCAAUUGGCAACAUUCAUAAGGGUCUUGCGCAAACUGGAGCUUGGGGUUGCUUUGAUGAAUUUAAUAGAAUAUCAGUUGAAGUGUUAUCCGUUGUAGCUGUUCAGGUGAAGUGUAUGCAGGAUGCUAUAAAAGCUAAAAAAACAACCUUCAGCUUCUUAGGCGAAUAUAUCGCCUUGAGAGCUACUGUUGGUGUGUUUAUAACUAUGAAUCCAGGAUACGCUGGUCGUGCAGAGCUGCCGGAAAAUUUAAAAGCCCUUUAUCGUCCUUGUGCUAUGGUAGUCCCCGAUUUUGCUCUUAUAAGUGAAAUUAUGUUGGUGGCCGAGGGAUUUCAGGAGGCACGCUUGUUGGCAAGAAAAUUUAUUACUCUUUAUACACUAUGCAGAGAGCUUCUUUCUAAACAAGAUCAUUAUGAUUGGGGAUUGCGUGCAAUAAAAUCCGUACUUGUUGUUGCUGGCGCUUUGAGGCGAGACGAUCGACAGCGUCCUGAGGAUCAAGUACUUAUGCGGGCAUUGCGUGAUUUUAAUAUUCCGAAGAUUGUAACAGAUGACCUUCCGGUGUUUAUGGGUCUUAUAGGCGACUUAUUUCCAGCAUUGGAUGUACCUCGAAAACGCAACUAUGAAUUUGAGGCAGUUAUUAAGAGAUCGGCGAUUGACCUAAAACUGCAACCAGAGGAUGGGUUCAUUUUAAAGAUAGUUCAACUUGAAGAAUUAUUUGCAGUUCGCCAUUCUGUAUUUAUAAUUGGAUUCGCAGGAACUGGAAAGUCUGAGGUUUGGAAAACGCUGAACAAGACAUAUCAUAAUCAGAAGAGGAAGCCGCAUUACAAUGAUCUUAAUCCAAAAGCAGUGACAAAUGAUGAGCUGUUUGGAAUUGUCAAUCCAGCAACACGCGAAUGGAAGGAUGGCUUGUUCUCAAUUUUAAUGCGUGAUCAAGCUAAUUUGGGUGGUACAGGUCCAAAGUGGAUUGUUUUGGAUGGUGACAUUGAUCCUAUGUGGAUUGAAAGCCUAAACACUGUGAUGGAUGAUAACAAAGUCCUAACUUUGGCUAGCAAUGAGCGAAUUGCGCUAACUAAAGAGAUGCGUUUACUUUUUGAGAUUGCAUCGCUGCGAACGGCAACCCCAGCUACAGUAUCACGGGCUGGAAUUCUUUAUAUAAAUCCACAGGACUUGGGAUGGACACCCUUUAUUCAAUCUUGGCUGGGUACACGAACCAACGCCAGUGAAGUAGCUACACUUAACGUUUUAUUUGAUAAAUACAUACCACCACUCCUUGAUUUGUUCAGAAGCCGACUUAAAAGCAUCACUCCCAUUUCUGAUAUUGCACGGUUACAAAUGACUUGCUUCUUAUUAGACAGUAUGCUCACCCCACAAAAUGUACCGCAUGACUGCCCAAAAGAUUGGUAUGAAAUAUACUUUGUCUUUAGUGUUAUUUGGGGUUUUGGAUCACCGCUUUUUCAAGAUCAAAUUAUUGAUUGGCGCAAUGAGUUCAGCAAAUGGUUUCAAAAUGAAUAUAGAGCCGUUAAAUUUCCAUCAUCAGGGAAUAUAUUUUCCUACUAUAUUCAUAAUGAAAGCAAAAAGUUUUUACCAUGGACUAAUCUUGUACCAGACUUUGAACUUGAUCCUGAUCUUCCGCUGCAAUCAAAUUUGGUUAAUUCGGCGGAGACAACCCGGCUUCGCUUUUUCAUGGAUACUUUAAUUGAAGCAGAUCAUCCUUUGAUGCUCAUUGGGCCCUCUGGAUCAGGCAAGACAAUAUUGAUGAAUGCUAAAUUAAGCACUUUACCCACAGACAAAUUUGCUGUAACCAAUGUCCCAUUCAACUUUUAUACUACAUCAGAAAUGUUGCAGCGAAUACUAGAAAAGCCACUUGAAAAGAAGGCAGGUCGCAAUUAUGGCCCUAUAGGAAACAAAAAAAUGAUAUACUUUGUUGAUGAUAUGAAUAUGCCCGAAGUCGAUAAGUAUUUUACAGUUCAACCACAUACUUUAAUCAGGCAGUUCAUGGAUUAUCACCAUUGGUAUGAUCGGAUUAAAAUGACAUUGAAAGAUAUACAUAAAUGCAAUAUUGUGGCAUGCAUGAAUCCUUCAGCAGGUUCCUUUACUAUUAAUCCAAGAUUACAAAGACACUUUUGCUCUUUUGCAGUUAAUCAACCCAGCCAAGACGCAUUAUUCCACAUUCUUAACUCAAUACUCUCUCAGCAUUUGGAAAAUCCACAACAUAAGUUUGAUAAGAACAUUAUCAAAGAGUGUACAGCACUUGUCAAUACAGCAAUUGCCUUACAUUUAAAGGUGGUCGGGUCGUUUCUUCCCACAGCUAUGAAGUUUCACUACAACUUUAAUUUACGGGACCUUGCCAACAUAUUUACGGGUGUUCUUUAUGCUAAUAACGAAACAUGCCCCACUUUUAAUCAACUGAUACGAUUGUGGGUUCACGAAUGUUUCCGUGUAUAUGGUGAUAAGCUGGUCGACCAAACUGAUAUAGGAAAUUUUAAGAAAAUUGUUGUUGAGGUAGUACGAAAAGGAAUUGAAGGUGUAAGUGAGGACAUUGUUUAUGCGCAGCCUCAUAUAUAUUGUCACUUUGCGAAAGGACUUUCAGAUAUUAAAUAUAUGCCUAUACAAAAUUGGGACCGUCUGAAAGUCUUGUUGGAGGAAGCUCAGCUGCGCUACAAUGACUAUGUAGGUGCCAUGAACUUGGUUCUUUUUGAUGACGCCAUGUCACAUGUGUGCAGGAUAAGUCGAAUAUUAGAAUCUUCCAGAGGAUAUGCCCUACUCAUUGGAGUUGGCGGUUCAGGAAAACAAUCUCUUACUCGCCUAGCGGCCUUUAUAUCUUCUCUGGACGUUUUUCAGAUUCAGCUUACAAAGGAUUAUAGUGUGAAUGAUUUGAAAACUAAUAUUGCUGUAUUGUAUUCAAAAGCAGGAGUCAAGAGCACAGCAUGUUGCUUUCUAAUGACUGAUUCUGAGGUGGCACGUGAACAAUUUUUAGUUCUUGUUAACGAUCUUCUCGCAUCUGGUGAUAUACAUGAACUUUUUCCUGAUGAUGAAAUGGAAAACGUGAUUGGAGCUGUGCGUAAUGAAGUCAAGCAACUUGGCAUUAUUGACAGUCGAGAGAACUGCUGGAAAUAUUUUAUUGAGAAAGUGCGUAGUCUUCUCAAGGUUGUGCUAUGUUUUUCCCCUGUAGGUGCAACUCUUCGUGUACGUUCAAGAAAAUUUCCUGCCCUUGUUAACUGUACUACAAUAGAUUGGUUUCAUGAGUGGCCACAGCAGGCACUUGAGUCUGUAUCAAUGCGUUUUCUCUCAGAGAUUACGGUUCUUCCAAUAGAAUUGGCGCCUCCUGUAGCUAAGUUCAUGGCAUAUGUACAUAAGACUGUAAACGAUAUUUCCGAGCUUUAUCUAGCAAACGCAAAACGGUACAACUAUACUACGCCAAAAUCUUUUCUUGAGCUCAUUUCGCUAUAUUCUAAGCUGCUAUAUGAAAAGGUCAAUGCAAAUUUAGAACGUCGUUCUCGCUUAGAAAAUGGCUUAAUUAAACUGGCUAGUUGCACGAAUGAAGUAGAUGCACUACAGGAUGUUCUCAAAUUGCAAGAAGUCGAGCUGAAAGUUAAAAAUCAGGAGGCGGAUAAUCUUAUUGUCGUCGUUAGCACAGAGAAUGAAAAGGUGUCAAAGGAACGUGCUUAUGCUACUAAGGAGGAAAAGAAUGUUCGUCAGAUUGAGGAAGACGUAGGCGCAAAAGCCAAACUAUGUGAGGAAGAUUUUCGUAAGGCUCAACCAGCUCUUCUUGCUGCCCAGGAAGCGCUAAAUACCCUAAAUAAGAAUAACUUAACGGAGCUAAAAUCGUUUGGAUCACCACCGGAUGCUGUCGUUAGUGUAUGUGGAGCUGUAUUAGUACUAUUUUCUGUCAAUGGAAAAAUACCCAAGGACCGAAGCUGGAAAGCAUCCCGUGGUAUGAUGGGAAAUGUUGACAAAUUCCUCGACAAUUUAAUUAACUACGAUAAAAAACAUAUUCACCCAGAUGUUAUAAAGGCAUUACAACCUUAUAUUCUAGAUCCUGAAUUUAAUCCAGAAAAAAUAAUUUCCAAGUCAUCUGCAGCUGCUGGCUUGUGCUCAUGGGUUAUCAAUAUAAACCGAUUCUAUGAUGUUUAUCUUGUGGUCGAACCCAAAGAACGUGCUCUAGUUGAAGCUGAAAAGGAAUUAAACGAUGCCAGAGAUAAGCUAACAGCCUUAAAUCAACGACUUAAUGAGCUUGAACAAGAGUUGAAUAUUCUCCAAAUGAAAUUCGAUGAAGCGAUGGCAAAGAAACAAAAGUGUCAAGAUGAAGCAGAUAAAACUGCGUUUACAAUCGAUAUAGCAAACCGGUUAAUUGGUGGGUUAGCCACAGAGAAAGUUCGCUGGACAGAGUCUGUAAAAAGUAUAACUUUGGGUAUACGACAGCUACCUGGAGACAUACUGCUUAUAUCGUGCUUUAUUUCCUAUGUAGGUUGUUUUACUCGUGCCUAUCGAACAGAAUUGCAACAGAAAAUGUGGAUGCCAACGUUUCAGAAUAUACAGCCACCAAUUCCUUCGACGGAGGGUACCGAUCCUUUUGAAAUGAUCUGUGAUGAUGCCCAAAUUGCUGAGUGGAAUAACCAAGGGUUACCUAGUGAUAGAAUGUCUGCGGAGAAUGCUGCCAUUUUGGUUCAAUCCCAACGCUAUCCGCUAAUGAUUGAUCCUCAGCUACAGGGCAUAAAAUGGGUGAAAGCAAAAUAUGGUCCAGGUCUUGUGGUGUUGCGUCUUACACAGCGUGGAUAUCUUGACUUAGUAGAACGAGCUGUUAGCAAUGGAAACGUACUUUUAAUAGAGAACAUUGGGGAGAACGUUGACGCUGUACUUAAUCCAUUGCUUGGUCGCAUGCUGAUCAAAAAAGGAACUAUUUUGAAGAUCGGUGACCGUGAGAUUGACUUCAAUCCCAACUUCCGUUUGAUUUUGCAUACGAAAUUAGCUAACCCGCACUAUAAGCCUGAAAUGCAAGCACAAACUACACUUAUUAAUUUUACAGUAACACGUGACGGUUUAGAGGAUCAGUUAUUGGCUGAGGUAGUCAAGGUUGAAAGACCUGACCUAGAAUCUAUGCGUACACGUCUUACGCAGCAACAAAACCAUUUCAAAAUCACAUUAAAGCUUUUGGAAGAUGAUCUAUUGGCGCGAUUGUCCUCUGCUGGGGAUAAUGUUCUUGAAGAUAUAACCUUAGUUAUGAACCUUGAAAAAACGAAGAAAACAGCCGAUGAAAUUGAAGUAAAGGUAGCUGAGGCCAAGAUUACAGGUGUUCAAAUUGACUCUGCCCGAGAAGCAUACAGACCUGCCGCCGAGCGAGCCUCAAUUAUAUAUUUCAUACUUAACGAUUUAUUCAAGAUAAAUCCAAUAUAUCAGUUCUCAUUAAAAGCCUUUACAGUAGUAUUUAAUAACGCAAUGCUUAAUUCUACGCCAGCUGAAAAACUCAAGGAUCGCGUUGAAAAUCUAAUGGAAUCAAUUACAUACAGCAGCUAUAUUUACACUUCUCGGGGGCUUUUUGAGCAGGACAAACUAAUUUUCCUUACUCAAAUGUGCCUUCAAAUAUUAGUUAAUAUUGGCGAAGUGGAGCCUACUGAACUAGAUUUUCUUCUCCGAUUCCCGUAUAUGCCCAAUCAAACUUCAAAUUUUCCGUGGCUGACUCACGUUGGAUGGGGAGGCAUUCGUGCAUUAAAUAAUUUGCCAGCUUUUAAGGGCCUAGAAAAAGAUAUCGAAGGAUCGCAUAAGAGGUGGAUGAAAUUUAUUGAUUCGGAGAGUCCCGAGAAUGAGAAAUUACCUGGUGAAUGGAAAGCAAAGUCAGCAAUUCAAAGGCUGUGCAUAAUGCGCUGUAUACGUCCCGAUCGCAUGUCAUAUGCAAUGAAAGGUUUUAUUGACGAAAAGUUAGGAUCCAAGUAUAUUGAUGCGCGGUCAAUCGAAUUUUCUAAAACCUUUAAGGAGUCAAGCCCAGAAACUCAUAUCUUCUUUGUUUUAUCGCCAGGUGUUGACCCACUUAAAGAUGUCGAAAAAAUUGGCAAGGUGUUAGGCUAUAGUUUUGAUCAUGAAAACUUUCAUAGUGUGUCAUUAGGGCAAGGGCAGGAAAUAAUUGCAGAAAAAGCUAUAGAAACAGCUUCACAACAAGGGCAUUGGGUCAUUCUGCAAAAUAUUCACCUAGUUGCACGCUGGUUGCCUAGUCUUGAAAAGAAAAUGGAAGCUUCUCUUAUUAAUGUGAAUUCAAAGUAUAGACUUUUUUUAAGUGCUGAACCUGCAGGUGACCCGCUAAUGCACAUUUUACCGCAGGGAAUACUAGAGUCUGCCAUUAAAAUUACAAACGAACCGCCGACAGGUAUGAUGGCUAACAUACAUAAGGCCCUCGACAAUUUUAGCGAUGAGACACUUGAGAUGUGCUCUAAAGAAACAGAGUUUAAAGCUAUUCUUUUCUCUCUAUGUUACUUCCAUGCCGUCGUGGCUGAACGUCGCAAAUUUGGGCCACAGGGCUGGAAUCGAUCCUAUCCAUUUAAUGUGGGUGAUCUAACAAUUUCGGUAUAUGUUUUAUUUAACUACUUGGAGGCUAACACUCGUGUCCCUUGGGAAGAUUUACGUUAUUUAUUCGGAGAAAUUAUGUACGGUGGCCACAUCACAGAUGACUGGGAUCGUCGAUUGUGCCGUACCUAUCUUGAGGAAUUUAUGCAGCCAGAGCUCAUCGAUGGCGAUCUAGAGUUUUGCUCCGGUUUCCCUGCCCCAGGAAUUCUUAAAUAUGCUGGAUAUCAUCAGUAUAUCGAUGAAAAUUUGCCAUUGGAGAGCCCUUCUCUAUAUGGCUUAAAUUUAAAUGCUGAAAUUGGAUUUCUUACAACAGUGUCAGAGCGACUGUUCAGAAUUGUAUUUGAACUGCAGCCGCGAAUGUCAAGUGGUUCAGCCGGAGGGGGUGAAUCUGUGUCUCAAGAGGAUAUUAUAAAGGGUGUUAUUGAAGACUUGCUCGAUAAAGUCCCCACACCUUUUAAUAUUGCAGAGCUUAUGGGACGUGUAGAGGAUCGUAAUCCAUAUAUUAUAGUUGCUUUUCAAGAAUGCGAGCGAAUGAAUAUUCUUAUGUCCGAACUUAGACGAUCACUAAACGAAUUAGAUUUGGGUCUAAAGGGAGAACUCACAAUAUCUUCUGUUAUGGAGGAUCUUAUGUUAUGCCUUUAUAUGGAUCAAGUGCCUGAGCAAUGGACAAAGCUUGCCUAUCCAAGCUUGUUGGGCCUGCAGUCUUGGUUUGGGGACCUUAUGCAACGUCUUCGUGAGUUAGAAAGUUGGGUUUCUGAUUUUCGAUUGCCAUCAUCCAUUUGGCUAGCUGGCUUUUUCAAUCCCCAAUCUUUACUUACUGCAAUUAUGCAGCAGACGGCACGUAAAAAUGAGUGGCCACUUGACCGAAUGUGUCUCAAUUGCGACGUCACAAAGAAAUUCAAAGAGGAGUUCACUUCUGCACCUCGCGAGGGAGCCUAUGUUAAUGGCUUAUUUAUGGAAGGUGCACGAUGGGAUAUGAAACUGAGCACAAUAACAGAUGCUCUUAACAAAGAGUUGUUUCCUGCAAUGCCGGUUAUUUAUAUUAAAGCGGUUACACAGGACAAACAAGAUGUGAAGAAUAUAUAUGAAUGUCCAGUAUACAAAAUUAGGUUGCGUGGACCGACGUUCGUUUGGACUUUUAAUUUAAAGAGUAAAGAACGGGAUAGCAAAUGGACCUUGGCUGGAGUUUGCUUACUUUUGCAGACAUAAAACAUUAAAUAAGUUUACCAGCAAUAAAUACAAUUUUUUUUUAUAAUUAUGUUUUGUUUGUUAGUGUAAUACCACAAUAAACAAUUUUAAAUUCUCCGUAAGUAAAAUGCAUAGUCAAAUUA